GGAAAGAAAGGGUGGUGUCCACUAUUGCGGUCCGUCAGUGGGCAAGGCAGGUACCAGCCAGGUGUCCGCCCCACUGACACACGAACAUGAUACAGUGCGUUUUGUUUUGCAAUUACCACUGUCCUUGAAUAAGCAAACACCGAGGGAAAACAAGAUCCUUUAUACUGUGUCGACACCGUAAACUCUAGUCUGCGAUCACAAGGCAAGUCUGUCCUGUCCGUUGGAGCGUCUUGGAGCUUUUCGUUUCAAGUGUCCAAGGCUGGUCACCAAAGUGCUGUCUGUCUCGCCCAACUGACUCACCCAAGCCAUGCAUUUCCCAUACUGCAGUAGCGUGUGAGCAUUAUGCACAGUUGCGUCGGGACGGGACCAGAAACGGCUUCACAGGAUACGACUUUGCGCGGAGGUGGCUUUUUGAUUUAGCGCGCGCUGAGCCCCCUUUAGAGGGCGGUAAAUAUACGUUCGAAAUGCUACAGUGUGUGCAAUUAUAAUACGGGCGGCGGAAGAAUGUCAUCGGCGAGGCUCAGACAAGGCUUGUUCCAGUGCUGAGUGGUUCCAUCAAGCAACUGAGCCAUCACGAUGCUGCAUCCUAUACGAAGCGCGUAUUCUCCCUACCAGCCCGUCUCUGUCUGUCUCAUCAUUCACCGAAUUUUUGGUCGCCACUCACACAUAAAGGCCCUCGUCAUAUGGUAGCGCCAUUUUGCCCCUAACUAAACCACUGCGCAGGGUAUCCCACCAAUAACCAUGCCCUGCAACAAGAUGGCUAAUUUCCUCCUAUUAGCAGCUCAAUUUCAUGAUUUGCUAGACCGGCACCACGCCAAGUUACAUCUCAGCUUGUACUACUGAGAAAAGCAGAUGCUGCUUGACAACCGAGAAGCUGGGUGAGCAAUGGGUAGCGUUACCAAGCAACGAAAUACACAGUUUGUUUGGACUCAAACGAAACGGUAAAGUUUGCACGUGUAAAUUCACAGCAACGCACGGUGAUGCUGCCACGCCACAACCACAGAGCCUAUAUGACGCUUAGUAGUAUCACGUCUACUUCUACACACUCAGACACCUCUCUUGCGCCUUGAGUAGUUGUCCGUGAAGAAAAGAAUGGCAUCAGCAAUAACGUGAUCGUCGUGCCAUCCCCAACUAGAUCGGGACGACAUCUGCCGUUCCGAACGAUAAGCGCUGUAUUCCAUUGUGUCAUGCCUAGCACCGUCAUGAGGGAAGAAGAAGGUCUGCCGCAGAUUUCCUGCAAUACCAUCAGCAUUUGUCGAAAUUCAGCGCUGGUUCUUUAGCAGACACUCAUAAACCAUUUUCACAAGAAUUUAUUUCGUCCUCCACCCAAGGGACCUCCCGCAAUGGCGUUGUCCAAAUCGGGGUGGCUAGCUCCGCCUGCUUCCUAGCUCGGCGAUUUCAGCACCCAAGUGGUUAGCGCUAGCGGCAUGUCGCGACCCAGCCAAGGUGACGUCUGCCCUUUUUUCUUGCCCGCAACCGCUUGCUGUGACGACUUCGCUACACAUACUGCCUGAGCUGAUACCAAUUUGUCCCUGUAUACUCGGUUACGCGUCGGCGCUGCGAUACCCUUUACAAGGUUCACCAGGUCACUGCCGAUCACCUGGGGCGUCGUGACCGUCAGACCGCCUCUGCGAGCUGAGAUUGCCGGCAGCAAAGACAAGCCUCACGACGGUCGCCAAACGUCGCAGACAUGGCUCAAGCGCGAGGUAAAGCAGCCCAGCGGCCGACGAUUUCAACUCACCAGGUCCUAGAUGGCUCUUUGCGCGCUGGUGACGCGACACCCAUCAUGCGUCGAGGCUCAACGCACCGAUACCAAACAUUUCCCACUCAGCCUCCGAAAACUCCCAUAGAUCGACCAUCGAGCUCCGAAACGAAUUCCAUAAACUCUUUGCCAUCAUCCCCGACAUCUUCAGAAGAACUUGAUCCCGAAACGCCGCUUCCUCUACGGCAAUUGCUUCUGUUGGCGUAUCUGUCGCUCUGUGAGCAGACAGCGCUAAACUCCAUAUCGCCAUAUCUUCCCGAAAUGGUUGCUUCAAUGCCGGGCAUCCCACACGGAAAAGCCGGUGUUUACGUCGGCAUUCUAGCCAGCUCGUUUGCUUUGGCCCAACUUUCCACAAACUUCCUUUGGGGGUACACAUCAGAUCUCAUUGGACGCAAGCCGGUGUUGCUGGCAGGGACAUUCUUCCUUAUGUGCUGCUUCUGCUUAUUCGGACUGUGCACCCAGUACUGGCAGAUGGUUCUUGUUCACGUAUUGAUGGGCCUUCUUAACGGAAAUGCAGCAUGCGUGCCCACUGUGCUUGGCGAGGUUACCGACAGGUCCAACCAGAGCCGUGCCUUUACCUAUCUGCCCAUCAUUUAUUCUAUAGGCGGCAUCACAGGGCCCGCCUUAGGAGGUAUCUUGGUGCGCAAGAUUCUGCCAGAUCAAUUCCCAUACUUUGCCCCGAAUAUCAUUGGCGCUGCCGUCCUGGCCAGUGGCGUGUUCGUCAUUUUAUGGUGGUUUGAAGAAACACUCGACCAUGACGAGCCAGGGCCUAAUAAGCCUGCCUGGCUUAAGAAAACCCUAUCUUGGCUCAACGUUGGAGAAGAGGCUGCUUCAAGGCGCCAUUCUUGGAGCACACGCUGGCCCCGUCGCAACAGCAUCGGAUCGUCGCAAGCCCUGCUUUCCUCUGGUUCAUCAGACUCGUCAGCGGAGGGCGACGAGACUACGCUUGAGGCUACACCAGAUGAUCAACCAAAAACAGAUGCAGUCGGCGCACCAUCGUGGCGUAUGCUGCUUAACCAUACCACUGUACUUCUCCUGACCACAUAUCUCAUCUUCCAACUCUCAAACGUUAGCUUCAACAGCUUGUAUCCGAUCUUUGCUUCUAGCCCUCCACCAACGGGUCGUGGCAUGAAGCCGGACAUUAUUGGCCUUAGCCUAAGUGUUGCAGGUUUUGCCACCAUUGUCUUCCAGGCAUUCUUUUUUCACCCAAUCAAACUGCAGGUCGGUAAUAUGGGCAUGUACAGAGUUGCCUUGCUUGGCCUAGCCCUUAGCAUGAUAGCAAUGCCGUGGAUUGGACAACUAGACGGUACUCCGCUCUUUGGGGUUGGCAGCGGCAAGCUGUGGCUCUACAUUGAAUUAUCCGUCAUCCUGAUUAUCAAAAACGUGUGCGCUGUUGGCGGUCUAUCCAGCGUAAUGUUACUGAUUACCAACUCCGCGCCGUCGCACUCAAGCUUAGGCACGCUUAACGGAGUGGCACAAACUUUGUCAGCACUCGGCCGCAGCAUAGGGCCGUUCAUCUCAGGCGGCCUCUUCACCCUCUCCAUGGGGAUCAAACCACGGGGUGAGCUUCUAGCGUGGACUCUCUUUGGUGGCCUCGCCUUGCUAGGAUGGCUGGGCUCGUUUUUUAUUCGCGCAGAUAAUUUGGAAAGUGAUGACUGGCAAGCAGAGCAUAGACAAGGGGGACAUGAUCAUGAUAGCGAUACAGGCGCAUGAAGAAGAGUGAAUGCGGACGUCAUACUCAAAGAAAUUGUUUCGUAUUUCUUUACAUAGCCAUUAUUGACCAUAUACAAAUGUUACUAAUAUACAAAUGCAUACCCGGCGCCUUGCUCUAAUAAAAAAAUGAAUAAAUGUAUCUGUGUUUCAACAAGAGCCCCUUAGAUCCUGCUUUUGGAGCUGCUCAUUGCUAAUAAUUGUAAAGCCAAAAUCGACGGUAGGCUUCAGUACCAUGUUGGCGGAUACUGCCAAU